AUGGCGGCCUCCUCGAUCCUCUUCCUCCUCCUCGAAGCCUUGGUGGCCGGCGCCAGUGCCUCCACCUUCACGAUCACCAACAACUGCGGGUUCACGGUGUGGCCGGCGGCGACGCCGGCCGGCGGGGGCACGCAGCUGAACCCAGGCGGGACGUGGACCAUCAACGUGCCCGCCGGCACCAGCUCCGGCCGGGUCUGGGGCCGCACGGGAUGCUCCUUCAACGGCGGCAGCGGGAGGUGCCAGACCGGCGACUGUGCUGGCGCGCUCUCCUGCACCCUCUCCGGCCAGCCUCCCCUGACGCUGGCUGAGUUCACACUCGGCACCAGCGGCGGCAACCAGGACUUCUACGACAUCUCGGUGAUCGACGGCUAUAACCUGGCCAUGGCCUUCGCUUGCAGCACCGGCGACCGCAUCAUCGUGUGCACGGGGUCGCAGUGCCCUCAGGCGUACCUGUUUCCGAACGACAACUCCAAGCUCCAUCAUUGCCCCGGCAACAGCGACUAUCAGGUCACCUUCUGCCCAUGA